CAUGAUUUAUUCUUUUCAGGGAGCCUCGCAAAAGAUAUUCAAGAACCAACAAUGCUCAAAUGAAAAUUCUGUUGGAGUUCAUGGAGAACAACCCACAGAUGGCACGUUGCGAGCUGGAUGUCACUGAGGAAGGAGAUCUGUCGGAAUACUUGGUGAUCAAGUUGAACAAUGCCGGAGAUCAACGUGGCCUUAAGGCAUGGAUGAAGACGUAGCAUGAUCUCAUAAAGACAGUCAAGCAGUGUUCUGAUUUGAUCAGCAAUGGAGAGCGUAACCGUCCCAUUAUCAGACAUUCAUGUGAGGGUCAUAAGAUUAGUUGAUGUAAAGACUACAGCUCAUCAACAGCUCCCACAUAACCCCAAUCUGGUUCAGCAGCAGCAGUUUGAUGAUCAGUUUCUAGAGCAACAGGUAGAUAGUCCAAUUCGACAACAGCUUCCUAAAGGCUUGGCACAGUAGCAGCAGCUGCCGACUAUAUCAAAAAACUUUCUGAGCCAGCUGGAGUCGAAAGUUAUUAAAAGAAAGACUGAACCUGAUGACGUUAACCUGCACGAACCUGUAGAAAAGAGGAGGAUGUACAUGAAAAGUAAAUAUAGCCAGGUUGGCUUUGCGAACCUUCUGGGUUUAACUACAUCUCCAUCAAAGAAGUCAGCAUCAUCUUCGAAUGGUCCAAAAGCUAGUUCUACUGGCAACAGACCAGAAGUUGUAGAUUUGACAAAUGAGAAAUCAGCAACUGUCAAAAAGGCUGUUAUUACAGAAAUGAAACAGCACAAUGAAAAUAUUCAGCAAUUAGGUGCUGAAUUAACAAAAGCAAUCAACGAUGGCUUCAAAAGUUUAGUAACAAUUUUAGCAAGGAUGCUAUCAGCCAUGUAUAACCAACAUGUUGCUCAAAAUAAUGUUGAUUUAAAGUCUGACGUCAAAGAAGAGCAAACUGUAAAUGGAUAUGAAGCCAUUGAGUACGAUGAGGAUGACAACAAUGAAUUGAAGGAAGAAGAGGAAGAGAAAGCCUUCGGAGAGAAUGAAGAUGAACAAAUGAUACUUGCAGGAGAGCUGUUCGAAGAUGAUCCAGAUGAUUACGAGGAAGAGUACCUGGCAGAAUUCCUUCAAAAUAAUUUUGAUACAGAUGAAUUAUCAAAAGAAAGAUUCCCUGAUGAUCCUUAAAAACUCCAUUGCUGCAAAUAAUGGUUUUUACGAAGUGUUAUCAAGAAAUGUAAAACUAUUUUUGUUCUUUUUCUAUACCAGUUUAUGUAACGCUACUUUUU